UUUAAUUUUCUCACUUGUUCAAUGGUUUUUUGAGUUUAUCUUUGAUUGAUUGAAAUUAUACGAUGAGAAGAGGCGUUAACAAUGGAACCGACGCGCUAGAGACGAUUAGCGCCGCCGCGUCUGCGAUCGCAUCGGCGGAGGCUCACGGCGCUCAUGCUUCUUCCCUUCAGAAAAGAAGGUGGAGAAGCUUCUGGAGCCUGUACUGGUGUUUCAGACCGAACAACAACAAACGAAUCGGACACGCCGUACUUGUUACGGAAACAUCUUCCUCAGACACCGCCUACACUCCGACAGCCGAACGCCCCUUCCAACCCCCAUCCAUAGUACUUCCUUUCACCGCACCUCCUUCGUCCCCCGCCUCCUUCAUUCCAUCAGAACCCCCGUCUUCCACCCAAUCACCGACCGGCCUAUUAUCACUUUCCUCUCCUUCCGGAAACAUCUAUUCUCCAAGUGGGCCCGCUUCAAUAUUCGCUAUAGGCCCUUACGCCCACGAGACUCAGCUAGUUUCUCCUCCUGUCUUCUCCACCUUCACAACGGAACCUUCUACCGCCCCUUACACCCCUCCCCCUGAGUUUUCAGCCCAUUUAACUACACCUUCCUCACCUGAAGUACCGUUCGCACGCCUUCUAGAACCUAAUCAGAGGUACCCUCUCUCUCAGUACGAGUUCCAAUCGUACCAGCUUCAACCUGGCAGUCCGGUCAGCCAUCUGAUCUCGCCUUGCUCUGGGAUUUCUGGUUCAGGCGCAUCUUCGCCUUUUCUUGACCGUGACUUUGCUGCCGUGCACCCCUUUUUCCUCGAGUUCGGGGGUGGAAACCCCCCUAGACGGGAUCAGUGGGAAUCGUGUCAGGAAUCUGGUGUGGUGACCCCUACUGAUGCCGUGGGUCCCAGAUCUCGCGAUAGUUGUGUCCUUUUGAACAGGCAGAAUUCGGAUAUCUCUCCACUUCCGGAUAAUUGUACUGGAUUGGAGAAUGAUGUAGCGGCAAUUGAUCAUAGAGUUUCUUUCGAGAUAACCGCGGAGAAAGUGAUAAGAUGCGUGGAGAAAAAGUCGCUCGAAACUGCACAGGAAUCAGUUGGGAAAAAACCGAUCGAAUUGAUUAACCGAGAAGAAGAUCAAACUGAAAUUGUUAAUGAGAAACGGCAUCAGAAGAAUCGAACAAUUACUCUUGGAUCAACCAAAGAAUUUAACUUUGAGGGAGGAAAUUGUGACGAACCUUGUGUUGAUUCAUCGGAGUGGUGGGUGAAUGAGAAGAAGGUUCCAAAAGAGGGCGGAGGUUCGUCUGAGAACUGGUCUUUCUUCCCGAUUUUGCAGCCAGGUGUCAGCUAGAAGCAGCAGCAGUGAAGAUUUAAAGUUUCGAUUUUGACUUGGCUUACGAAAUACUAUUAAUGCUGGAGGUAAAUUUGGGUAGGACUGACACUUUUACUUGAAUACUGUUCUUUGAGAUCUUUCCGAUCCGAAAACAGUUAGAUAGAACAAAGGGGGAAUUAUUCGUAGAAUUAUGGGGGUAUUUUACGACGUUCGAGACAGAAAUCCGUUGAAACGACGUGGUUUAGGUACUUAUAUAUAUUUUCUUGUAUAUGUAAAAUAAAAUUGAUAGAACUGUUUUAGACAUGGUGCUGCUACUGAAGCUGAUGAUGGAAACUGGUGAUACAUUAUAGGAUGGGGAAGUUUUCUGUCAAUCUAGCCUACAAUAAAGCUGUUCUAGUGUAAUGUUUUGACUUACCAUUUGUGUAUAUUCAAGUUUCGAUUCGCUUGCAAUGCUGGCUCGAUUUUAUCUGGAAGAAAAAAUGAAUAGGUACGAUUUUUUUCUUUUA